AUGCUGUAUGCCCCAGCACACCGACUCCUUCACCAUCCUGCCGUGUACCCAUAUAUCCAUAAGCAUCACCACCGCUCCAUCUACCCUUCACGUGGAAACAUCGAUGCUCGGAACGAGCAUCCCAUCGAACAGAUGAUUGCCAUGGCGCUUUGGAUGACAGCGAUUUACAUGGUGGCCUUCAGCACUGGCAUGCAUGCGGCCACAAUCAUUGGGCACUUGGCGGUGAUGACCAUGGGAGCCUCCCUGAACCACGCUGGAUUUGACUUGGAGAUCCGCUUCCUAGGUGUUGACUGGUAUUCGACUGGUGCCCAUGAAAUGCACCAUCGUCGGCCUGAUAAGAAUUUUGCGCAGUUUACAAUGUUCUGGGACAAGCUCAUGGGGACUUACAUCCCGUACACCGAUGAGCUCUCUGAUGCAAACGCGCAGAAAGCGAAGUGA